AUGGCGGGUCACCCGCUCCCGCCAGUGCUGCUACUGUUGCUGCUGGCCUCAGGCCUAGGCUCUGCUGCCCAAGCCCAAGGCGACAAGAGCGGAGGCGACAAGAUCAUCGAAGGGGUCCCCUGCCAGCGGGGCUCGCAUCCGUGGCAAGUGGCCCUGCUCAGCGGCUCGCAGCUCCACUGCGGAGGCGUCCUGCUGAACGAGCGCUGGGUGCUCACGGCCGCCCAUUGUAAGAUGAGUGAGUACACCGUGCACCUGGGCAGCGACAAGCUGAACGACAGGAACGCGCAGAAAAUCAAGGCCUCGCGCUCCUUCCGCCACCCCGGCUACUCCACGCAGACCCACGUCAACGACAUCAUGCUCGUGAAGCUCAACAGCCGCGCGCGCCUGUCCCAGAGCGUGCGCAAGGUCACGCUGCCCACCCGCUGCGAGCGCCCGGGGACCAAGUGCACCGUGUCCGGCUGGGGCACGACCACCAGCCCGGACGUGACCUUCCCGACGCAGCUCAUGUGCACAGACGUCAACCUCGUCUCCUUCGAGGACUGCAAGAAGGUGUACAAGGACCUGCUGGGCAAAUCCAUGCUGUGUGCUGGCAUCCCAGACUCCAAGACCAACGCCUGCAACGGUGACUCGGGGGGACCUUUGGUGUGCAAAGGCACUCUACAAGGUUUGGUGUCUUGGGGAACGUUCCCGUGCGGCCAGCCCAACGACCCAGGCGUCUACACUGAAGUGUGCAAGUUCACCGACUGGAUCCACAGGACCAUGAGGAUGCACCGCUAG